AUGCGAUUUCAAAAGGAUGCAGUUUUAGCUAGAGUGAGAGUUGUUGCUCGAAACACAAUAGAAAGAGUAGCACGAGCAGCUAAUCAUGGAUUCGAAAAACGAGUACUUCAGUAUAAUAAUGUUGUUGAGAAUAAUAGGUGGGGUAAUUACGUAAAUUGGAAAUUAUAUCCUUUAUUCGGUCUGUUGGAACACAGAAAGAUUUCCAUAGGGUUACCAUAUAAAAUUCAUCUACAAAGAGAAAUCAACGAUGAUAAGAUAUUCUUUGGAGAGAAUGCUUCAAAUGCAAAAUUAGAAAUAACGAAUCUCCAACUUUUCAUACCCGUAAUAACGCCAUCAAUUGAAGUAGAAACGAGAAUAUUCAACUCAUUAACUAAAGAUAUUGAAAUAGCUUUUCUUCAUCGUAAUACGGUAGGUAGCAUGACUGGAGAAUCCACCAUAUGGCCAAUCACUAACACUAUUAAACCAGCAAGAUAUUUAAUGGUUGGUUUCAAGAACUUACCGGAUUCUCAAACGAAUAACAAUAAUAUCUUUAGAGUAGCAACGAACCAAACUCAAGAUCCUAUAAUCCAUAAAGUUCAAGUAAGAUUAAACAACGAUAAUUAUCCUAACCAACCUUUAAUAAUUAAUCCACAAAGGAUUAUAAUGAAUUGUAUAGAAACUAUAAAAAACAUGUGUGAAUUAUUUGGAAAUCCACCUCAGUUUGAAUAUGUAGAUUUUGCACUUAAUCAUCCAAUCUUCUGUUUUGAUCUAUCAGCUCACCAAGAAGAUCUUUUCAAAACAGGAGUGAACAUAAAUAUUCAUAUUUAA